GGCGACAGCACAAAUAUGAAAACGGAGCUUUAACAUUCCUGCCUGGAUUUCUGUCAAACCACACGUAAACAUGACGUCCCGAGCGGCCGUUCUCAGUACCACGGUUCUCCUAGCAACGGGCGUCGUUACCAUGGUGAUGUUCGACGGUCAUGGAGACCAGGAUUCGCUUCAGGAGAGAGAUGACGUCAUAGACAUGGAGGACUGUGGACUUGGAUAUAAUGUCUCUUCCACCACAGGUGACCCCCCUGACCCCUGUACCCAGCCCGUCACCAGGUUCAUGUUCGUGAAGACCCACCGCGCAGGCUCCACCACGGUGGCCGCCAUCUUGUACCGGUUCGGUUUGACCCAUGACCUGAACGCCGUACUGCCCAGUACGGGGGACCUGCUGGGAUGGCCGUUUGAAAUCAGACCAGGGAACUAUUUUCCUCUCAAACCCGGACUGGAGCAUGACGUCAUAGUGGACAGGGCAGUCUACAGGCCGGAUAUGUUCCAAUAUUUCUUCCCAAACGACAUGAUAUACCUGGGCAUCUUACGACAUCCCCUAGACCACCUCCAGGCCUGUUUCUCUGAGUACGACUUACAGAAAUUGUACAACCUCCCCACGAAACAACCCAUACAGACCUUUCUGGACGAUCCCUACACCUGGGAGAGGAAACUCCACUCACAGAGGAUGAAGAGGAAACCGUACUCUUUCACUAAAAAUUUUCAGGCAUACAGCUUUGGGUACUCCCUUGGUCUCUCGGAAGACCUUGAGCGGACGAAGAGGUUCGUUGACCGCAUCGUCUCCGAGUUCAAGUUCGUCCUCAUCCUGGAGUACCUGGACGAGUCGCUAGUGGCAUUGAAGCGCGAGAUGUGCUGGGAAACCAGAGACAUUCUGUACGCCAACAAAACCUGCUGUAAGGUACACCGUCCGCUGCAGCUCACCGACAGGCAGAGUGACAACCACCGCACAUUCGCAGCCGCAGAUUACCUGCUGUACGAACGCUUUGUCGGCAUUCUCAAGGACAAGAUACGACAGCAAGGUCAGGAUUUUCAAGACGAGUUACAAGACUUUAAGGAAGUCAACAAACAGGUUCAAGACUUCUGCGAUUCUAAGGAUGUCGUAGGGAAGAAACUGGUCUUGGAAGAAGCGAAGUGGCACGGGAAGAUUGUGCUUGACAGGACGACGUGUCAACUACGCGCGGCGAGCCUGAGCGAACUUCGGAAAGCCGCGCAACGCACCAUGGUCGCGAAGGGACGGAUUCUCACAUCCCGACGGUCUGUCUGA